AUGGCAACUAGAACUAAGGUGUUUCAUCUUAAGGCGCUAUUAAUUUGGACCAUUAUGCUAUCAUGCAAACUUACUCUAAGCCAAACUCAGGAUGCAACAAUUGUACUAAGUCAAGGAACUCUUAUAGGGCUAAAAGUAUUUCCUGAAACGUCACGAAUACCUAUCUACACCUACCUUGGAAUUCCAUACGCAAAGCCUCCCGUCAACGAGUUACGAUUUACCCCACCAGUGCCGAGUCCCGGUUGGAAUAGAACACUUUAUGCUCGUGAUUUCAAACCAAUUUGUCCACAAAUCGAAAAUAGUAGCUACGAAGAUUUAGGUAACGAAAAUCAGUUUCGAUCACGUGAAACUAGUGAGGAUUGCCUUUACUUGAACAUAUGGAUCCCGGAGACAGCAAUACGCUACGGAGGGUUUCCUGUGCUUGUAAUGAUCACGGGCGAGGAAAUGGGCUUUGAUUGGAACGCGAACCGUGCAAGCGGUCUCGACCUUGCAGCAGAUGGUAUUAUCGUGGUGACGGUACAAUACCGAAGCAAUGUGUUUGGGUGGUUGUCUCUGGGUCAGCAAUAUGCACCUGGAAAUCUUGGCCUUCUAGAUCAGCGACUGGCCCUCGUCUGGAUAAAGGAUAAUAUACAAAAGUUUGGCGGUGAUACGAAUCGAUUGACGUUGCUUGGACAUGGUACAACCGGUGGACCAAAUGUGAUGAUACACAUGGUAAGCCCACGCGCAAGAGGGCUUUUUGCACGGGCAAUUAUUAUGUCCGGCACGAUCUUUUCUCCUUAUUCCGAGGUGAAUGCUGAUAUCAAACUGUCGCAAGAAAUUGUUAGGAUCUUAGCAUGCAAUUAUGACGUAGGAAGAAACGUAUUAAAAUGCCUCCAACAGAAAAGUAUACACGAUCUCCUCCGAGCCUAUGAAUACAUCUACCGCAAUGGAAAUUAUACGAUCAAUCUCGGACCAAUCAUAGAUAAAUAUCUGUCUCAUGAAAAACGCUACAUUAUCGAUGAUCCUCGAAAAUUGUUUCAAGCCAAAGCGCUCGUUAUGCAGGACAUGCCUAUUCUUUUUGGUAUAACCAGCAAUGAAGGUGGAUUUUUACACGGCAAGUGGAUUGAACUGGCUCGUCAAAGCAUAGAUUCACUUCAGAAUUAUAUUAACGACACGCUUCUACCCAACAUUAUCGAACGUUAUGACUUUCAAGGAAUUGGACAAGAUCAGAUACGCGAAACCAUCAACUGGCGUUACUUUGAUCAAAUUCCUCAAACAACUGCGCAUCAUAUACACGCCAUUAUUAAAAUCAUAUCUGAAACACGUUACGAAAUACCCUUCUAUAGAACGCUCAAAGCUUUAAGCUUCCAAAAUCAAACCGCUAGCACAAAAGAUACGAAAUAUGUAGAAAAUGAAUUCGUAAGUGUAGAAGAUAAUACCGAAAAACGGUAUAAUAUCAGUAAAUCGUACGUAUAUCUUUUCCAUCAUCCUAAUUCAAUGGACAUGAGAGGUAAGAUUAACUACUUUGGAGGAGCAUCUCACUCGUCGGAUUUACCAUUUCUGAUGGGACCUAGUCUCUAUAGAGAAAUUGGUCGUCGACGAUUAUCACUCGUGGAAGACAAGCUGUGCAAAAAAAUACGAUCGUUAUUUACAGAGUUCGUUAAAGGCGGCAAUCCAACUCCCGGACGCCAAUUCGACUCAUGGAAACCGUACACCAAUGAACUCAAACACAUUAAAUUGAUUUCCGCUAAACCGGAGGCAUUUCAUCGAAACGAUCACACAUCAUUGGAAAACACGUUUGAAGAAAAUCUACAAGAGAUUGAAGACAAUAUUUUUGGCACUGCAGAUAUACAAGAAACAUCUUCUCAUGUAAAUACGUCAAAGAACCCGUACAACCUUAACCCUAACAUUCAGGCCGAUCAAGAAAAUGCGAGAACUUCCAAAACCGCAGUCUUCCUCGCCAGUGCAAGAGAUUCCGAAUAUUUCUACUAUCUUCGUAAAAUGGACAGUUUCUGGGGCCAGUUUCUUCCCAAGCUCAGUCAGUUAAUGAACGAAACGAACCAAGAAAAGCUACGUAACCGACGAAUUGACCUCACGCUUGAGGAAGAGCAGGAUCUGUUCCGCGAAACUGCAGCUGCAUCUAAAUACAAGCAUGCCUUCUUCUCCAUGCUAACCUUGGUAUGUAUGCUUUUGGCUGUUCUAUGUAUGUGCGUUUACAUAUUGAAGAAAAACACCAACACCAACCUAUCGAGCAUAUUAUGA